AUGUGGUGCUUGACAAGAGUAUUAUUAGCUUGUCUGUUAGCUCUCACAGCAUCCACCUAUGCUGAGAAGGAGCGGCUCACGCCGCCAGCAACCAGUUACGGUGUACCAGACUACAGACAAAUACGUUCCUUAGGUGGCGAUAGCGACUAUAGCAGUGACCUCGUGGGGCUUUCAACUGACCUCAGUGGCAUCUCGAGUGAUUUAGGUGGACUUAGCACCAGUUAUAGCCAUGCGGCAAGUGGGCUGGAUGAUAGUCUCAGUGGACUCAGCGCCAAUAAUGAAGUCUCCAGUAACGCGAAUGCAUACACCAGCGCGCUCAAUGGUUUCACCAACUACGGUGGCGAUCUCAACGCGCUACAAUCGGUGCAACAAAUACCAGUAUAUUCCCCGUUGCAGCAAUACCAGCAGGUGCCGGUAAUAUCGAGUCUACAGAGCGUACAACAAGUGCCUGUAUUAUCUAGUGUGCAGCAGCCGAUCGUAGUACAACAACCGGCACUCGGUGUUGAAGGUCGAAGUUUGGGUGGCGCUGAUAUUGCUGCACUCGGCGGUGGCUUGGCUGGCGUUGGUGGUUUAGCAGGCGCUGCUGGUGGCUUUGGUGGCGGCUUCAAGCGCUACCGCACCAGCAUACGCAUUCGUUCGCGUGGCUUUGGCGGUGGUCUAGGAGGUUUUGGUGGUAUCGGCGGUUUGGGUGGUUUCAAGGGCAUCGGCGGCGGUUUCGGUGGUGGUCAUUAUAAGGCGCACUAUGCGGAGAGUUCGGGCGGAGGCUUUGCUGGUGCUGGUGGUUUGGCUGGUGGUUUUCUGGGUUAA